UUUUUGACAGCAACACACCCACUGCAGCAGAGCACAACUGAAACUGCUGAGGGCUUCCGAAUGCAAUGGAAACCGUCUAAUAUUUGUGAAAACCCAAUAAUAUAACACGCACUUUUUACACCAACACACCCACCGCAGCAGAGCACAACUGAAACUGCUGAGGGGUUCCGAAUGCAAUGGAAAUCAUCUUUACUAUUUGCAAAAAGCCAAUCAUGUAACACGCAUUUUUCACACCAGCACAGCAGAACGCAACCAAAACUGCCAAGGGGUCCUGAAUACAAGGGAAACCAUCUUUAAUAUUUGGGAAAAGCCAAUCAUGUAACACGCAUUUUUGACAGCAACACACCCACCGCAGCAGAACACAGCUGAAACUGCGAGGGGUCCUGAAUGCAACAGGAACCAUCUUUAAUAUUUGCAAAAAGCCAAUGAUAUAACACACAUUUUUCAUGCCAACACGCCCACCGCAGCAGAACACAGCUGAAACUGCCGAGGGGUUCCGAAUGCAACGGAAACCGUCACGCAGCACCUGCCAACCGUUGCGGGUGCAGCUCGUUGCAAACUGCUCGCUUGCUCUGCUGCCAUCCCGCCGAGCCCAAGCUGGAGGGAGCAGCAGGACCCUGGCCAUGAGGCUGGUCUCGGGCUUGGGCAGGGCCCUGCGGGCCCGGCGGGGCCCGGGGGAGAAGCAGGCCCAGCGGCCCAGAGGCAAGCGCAGGCCGGAGAAGCCCAGCAAGGCCCGGGAGUUCGCCCGCAGCCUGGGCGGCCUCGCCCUGGGCCUGCUGCUGGCCAGCGUUUAUGGGGCCCUGGUGCUGCUGGUGCAGGGCCACAACGUCUGGUACUGCCUGAGCAUCACCGUCCUCAUGGGCGCCGCGCUGGGCCUGGGCAUGGCCUUCUCCAUGAAGAUACGGAUGAUCGUGCUGCUGGCACUGCCGCAUUUCUUCACCAAGGAGGGGAAGAUGGUGGUCAUGAUGCUGGCGCUGUGCCUGACCUUGCAAGGCCCUGGCACCAAUCUCCUGCAAAACGUCUCCCAGGUCGCCAAGGCGCUGUCAUGUGGGGCUGAACUGGCCCAAAACCAGACAGCUGAGAGAGUGCAACGUGCCAAGGAGCCACUGCUGAACAUGCAGAGGAAAAUCAAGGAGAUUGGCCAGAAUGCCAAGGUGCUGGGUGACCGUGUCCGUAAGUUCGUCCGCUCCAUCAUCGACUCCACCAGACACAUUGCCCGGGCCCUGCGCACCGUUUGGCUGUGGCUGUCGAGGGCUGGCAACAUCUGCAACCGUGAGCUGGGGGAUCCCAAGACCAGCUGCUUUCGCUACAUGGACAGGGCCAAGGACAGGUGUGAGCGCGCCCUGCCCGUCCUCUUCCACAUCUGCUACGUGGUCCUCAGCUUCAAGGCGCUCUGCGGCGUGAUCAGUACUUUUACUUUCUUGUUCUGCACCAUCCCAGCGUACAUCCAGAGCUUCAUCCGGGCCAGCGUGGCAGCUCCCCUCACGGAUGCCCUGAACCGUGUCCGCGCCGAGUUUGAGUUCAACAUCUCGGUCACGCACCACUUCAGCGUCAACCUCAACGCCAGCAAGAGCCUGGGCGAGGUGUCUGCCGAUAUAAUGGAGGCCGUGCAGCACAGCAUGGAGCCCUACCACCGUGCCCUGGAGCUCUUCUCCUACGUCUCCUUCUUGGUCGUGCUCUUCUUGUGGUACCGCGCGGUUCGCUACCGGCGCCUCUACCUGCGGGACGACACCUUCGACAACGUUUACAUCACGCGGCGCUUCGUGGAGAUGGACCUGCGCUGUGCGGAGCAGGGCAAGCCCACCGUGCUGCCCCUGUCGGGGCGGGAGAGGGGCCGCUACAUCCCCCCAGGUGCUCUGUGGCUGUCAAAGGCGGAGCGACAGCAGUACGGGCUGCAGCUCUUUUCGUUCCUGCGCCAUACGCUGCUGGGGUUCAGCAUCCUCCUGGCUGACUACACCAUCUUCUGGCUGCUUGGCCUGUUCCGGCACCAGCUGAGCGCCGAGAUCGUUGCCAGGGCGCCGUCGAUAAUGACCAUCAGCGUCAACGGGACUGGCUACACCAGCGAGAUCUACCAGGAUCUGGUCUCUGCCUUCAACGCGCUGCAGGAGGGCGAGGUCUCGGUGCUGUCCCAGGUCUGCCUCAUCGAGCCCAUGGAGCCUGACCACGGCACCUACAUCACCAUAGGAAUCCUGUACGGUAUCUGGCUCUUCAUCUCUGUCUUCGGUUCCUACCUGGCACGCCUGCGCCGGGCAGUGUGUGCUUACUACUUCCCAACCCGUGAGCAGGAGCGCCUGACCUACCUCCACAACAUCAUCCGGGCACGGCGGGAAUGGGCGCUGUUUGCCCUGAGCCAAGUGGGCACACGACAAUUGGAAGAUACUGGGAAAAGCAGGUUCUUCCUUAUCCUCAUCUCCAGGUGCCCUCUCCUAGCUCGCCUCGCUCGCCGCGUGGGCAUCCAGCGCAAACACUGCCUGACCUGUGGGGCAGAAGAGAAGCCAGAUUUCACCGCCUGCAUCACACCCAACUGCAAAGGGCUGUAUUGCAGCCAGUGCUACAAAACCAUGAACAACAUCUGCUCCGUCUGCAAGGCCCCCCUGAGCUACCCGGCCACCGGGGACGAGGAGCGGGACUCGAGUGACGAGGAGGAGACAGUGGGGCUGCGGCUGGGCGCUGCGCGGGCGCCGCAGGGCCAGGAGCGAGGGCGGCGGCUGCUGCAGCGCAUCAGGGACAUCCUCAAGGGCCGGGGGCUCCCCUUCAGAACGGCCAGGAGGCUGCAGGAGCAGCUGGAGGAGGAGGAGAGAGAGGGGCUGCUCUCCAGACCCGACUUUGACGACGAGGAUCAAGCUGCGCCAAGGGACAGCGAGCUGCAGGAGGUGGUGGUCGCAGAGACCCCCAGCCGCGUUCCCUCUCCAUCGGAGCAUCCCACGGGCACCAACCCCGGAGCGGAACCCCGUGCUCGGAAACGUCCCAACUCCACCCUGAAGCGAGUGGUGGUCGCGGUGCUGCCCGGCCCGUGCAGCCGCUUCCUCUGGAGCCGGCCCGACCAGUAUCGCUGCAGGAAAGCCUUCCUGGGAGCCGGCUUCGGGAUGCUCCUCGGCUUCGGGCUCUGCCACCUCCUCAUCAUGCCUCUGGACGUGUCAGAGACGCGGAAGCUGAAUCUUACCUGGUGGCUGACCGUCAUGACUGCCCUGGGCUGGGCCACGUCCCCCCACUUUCGCUGUGCCAACCUGCUGAUGGUGCCCAAGUUCCUGGGAAAGGAGGGUCGGCUCUACGUUGUCUCCUUUGUCUUCGCUGCCAUCUACAACGGGCCCGUGGCCAACCUCUGGUACAACCUGAUGGAGACGAAGCGCUCGAUGGAGUGCGUGGUGGAGCUCCAGGUGAACCACACGGGAAUUCUCUGGAAGGCAUCUACAGCCCCCCUGCGCCAGGUCAUGGAGCAGCUGGUGGAGAGCGCGGAGACGCUCAACUCCGAGAUACACAACGUCUCCCGAGCCUUCGUGGACCUGAACGAGCAGGUGGCCAACGACGAAGGCUACGACCUGAAGCAACGCCCAGGCACGGGCACAGAGAGAGCCCCCAGCACCCAGGAGCUCUACGCGACAAAGACCAAACUUCGCUGUGAAACUGUGAUCCAGAUGGGCCUGGUGCGCUGUACAUCACACUUCUACAGAAUGUACAAGAAAUGCAUGACACAAGUGAGGCUGCCCCUCUUCAACCACCUCAUCUGCCUGCCCAUGCAGUUUGGGUUCCUCUGCCACAUGAUCAAAUUCAUGAGGCGCUGGUGUGAGAAGAGGAUCCCCGUGGAUGGGAACUUUGGGCACAUGUACGACCAGGUGAACGACUCCGUCAACAGCCUCAGCCAGGAGUUCAGCGCCAGCAUCACCUACCAGGAGGAGCACCACAAGAUGCUGGUGGGCGCCGAGGUGGCGGCGCAGCUGCGGGAGGACGUGACCUCGCAGCUGCAGCAGGAAGGCGCCCGCCUGGGCCUGGCCGUCUCCUUCUUCCGCCUGCUGCUGUCCUUCACCUUCCUCUUCGUCUUCUUCUCGGCUUUCCACUACACCUAUAAGUACUGUCACAAAAUCGGCUUUGACAACUGCUACAUCACCACCUAUUUCCGCCAAAUCGAUGCCCGGCGCAGAGAGCAGAACAAGCAGACGUUGCUGCCCCUGCUCAAGGAGGAGGCCUCGUCUUUCAUCUUCCCGUGCAAGCCGGCCCUGCAGCGGCCUGAGCGGCUGCACAUGGUGAUGGAGCUGCUCAGGUGCAUCCCACUCCUGCUCUUGCUCCUCUUUGUCUGUGGCCUGGACCACUUCAUCUUCACCGUUCUCAGCGUCAUCCAGCAUCAUUCCUUCAUCGAGUAUUCCUACCAAACCAGCCACCACUUGUCCGUGAACGUGAUGGGCACAUCCCUGAUGGCACAGCUGCUGCGGGGCACCAUCGGGGCCCUCAACACCUCCCACGACACCGAAGUGGAGACCUCCAACCUCGCCUGCCUGCCACAGCCCACGAGGAUGACGAGGCAGCAGUACGUGAGCACCUGCCUGCCCCUGGGCGCACUGGCCCUGCUCUGCCUGGCCCAGGUGUACCCGUUCCGCCUGCGCCGCGCCAUCGCUGCCUUCUACUUCCCCAAGAGGGAGAAGACUCGAGUGCUGUUUUUGUACAACAAGCUGCUGCGGCAGCGGAAGAAUUUCUUGUACCUGCAGCGCGGGCGCGUGGCCCGGCAAGCCCGGCAGCCGCCCGAGCUGGGGACGGUGCUGCUGCGGCGGUGCCGCCGGCGCUGGCCUUGGCUGCGCCGCUGCUUGCGCCAGAAGUGCACCUUGUGUGGGACCCCCGAGACCCCCCAGCACCAGCCCUGCCCCAAUCCCGACUGCUUUGCCCUGUACUGCGAGUUGUGCUGGAAGUUGGUGGGGGCCACCUGCCUCGCCUGCGGCCCUGCAGACCCCGACCUCGCCCAGGAGAGCAGCGAGGAUGAGGAGGAGGAGGGAUACGCGGGAUGAAGACAGGUUGCCCAGCCCUGCUCUCUGCCCAGAGCAGUAAAUAAAUCAAAUACCUCGCCCUGUGGUGAAAGAACCUGUUCUGGGACAGCACCACCCCCCCGUGGCUCGGAGCCUUUAAAUCUCCUUCCCGGGAAUUCUUCCAGCUUGGUGAACAGAAGGAAGAGAUGAGACAGAAGAGAGCAAGUGAGGAAUUCUACAAUGAAUAACAGCAACGCCAAUCCUUAUAAAUAUAAAUCCCACUGGCAACAUCA